AUGGAGCCAAUCCCAGAAAACCCAAAGCAUGAAAACUCAAAGCCUUUGAAUACCUCAACUCUCAAGAAGUUGAGGAAUCUAAUAUCCAAAUCGUCUUCAUCCCAGCACAAUACAUUUCCACUUACCGGAAAAUCAAGUAGUGGAAGCUCUAGCAGCAAUAGUAGUAGUAGUAAAAAUAGUAAAAAUAGCAGCCCAGGAUCAAGUUCACUAUCAGUAUCUCAAGAUUCAAGCAGAACCUCCAACAAUAACAACAACAACAACAAUAACAACAUCAGCAAUAAUAAUAAUAGCAGUAGCAGUAGUAGCAGCAGUAGUAGUCCAGCUUCAUCUAGCAGUAAAAACUCACCAACAUUGCAAGUAAACAACAGCCAUACCAAUUCAAAUUUGGAUGAUUUCGAUAUGAACUCACAGUGCGGUAGUCUAAACUAUAGCAACAGCGUGGGAAAUGGACUUCUAUCGUUUCAACUUCGACGUUCCUCUGAUUGCAGCGAUUUUUCCGACAAGAUGUCGCCCAGAACAUCUUCUUUCCUCGGAAACCCGAAUAGAAGAUCGGCAUCACCAAUCAGCUCAUCACAGCUGCCAGUCUUCAAAGGCACACCAUCACCCAAUCUCAUAUCGCCAAGACCAUCGCACAUAGUCAACAACAGUAAUACAAGCAAGCGAAUUUCAGCCAAUCUUAAAAACAGAUCGGUUUCAUAUUUCAAUUUACUACAACCUCAAAGCCAACCCAGCGACACUCCAGAGGCUACAGACGCCACACCAGUCUCUGCCAAUCCAGAUUCCCCGAGAAUCCCGACACGUCAGAGAAGCCAGAGUGAUGUUGUACUUCCAUCAUGGGAACAGACCUCCUACGAAGGAGAAUUCAACCAAGAGAUACACGACACACUGAUAAGAUCAACGUCCAAUCCAUCGUUGAAUCACCUCCUUGGAAGGCACCCAAGUGGUCACCUUUAUCUUCAAAACAGUGAAGCUGAUGAUAUUCACAACGAGAUGAAUCAACACGCAGAUGAAGCAAGUAGAUCGAGUGUCACACAUCUACCAUUGCCAAGCAUGGUACCUAUGGCAUCAUCCGAUCUCGUACUGGAUCAAGAGAAAUCGGUAUCGGCAGGAACACUCGAUCGUAUAGUAGAUCUACUCACUGAUAUCUCUACAUACACAGGAACACAAUAUGUAGAGGACUUCCUCUACACCUACCAUUAUUUUAUGAAAGAUCACGAACUACUUGCAAGACUUGAACACAGAUUCCUCCACCCACUCUCACAGGAACAAAAGAACUCUGCGAAUCAAAAAGAACAAGAACAAAUCAUUCAUCAAAUUAAAAUUAGGGUUAUAAAUGUAUUAAAGAAAUGGGUUGAAGGACAUUCCUAUGAUUUCAAGAAUGUCAGUUUGUAUAAACCUUUCAUUCAAUUCUUGGAGUUGGUGAAUGAGUUUAAUCCAAAGUGGGGAAACUACAUAAAGAAGCUGCUCUCUGCACAUGUUGUUAAAUUCUUUGACACCAAUCAUCCUGAGCAUCUCUCGAGAAGCAUGAAGGAGUUGGUACCAAUGACAGAGAUCGACACGAUAGCAACCAUCAUGUCAAAGACACUGCCACUCAAAGACAGAAAGAAGAAACUCAGAGUCAUCAGAAACUCAUUCUUGGCGCACGAAGCAAUCGAAUGGCUCACCAAGAGAUUCGAUCUUGAGACAAGAGCAGAAGCAAUCGACAUACUCAACAGCAUGCUUUCACAAUCACUCAUAAAACAUCAUUCAUUUAAAACCAAAGAAAUCUAUAGUUCUUUCUCAAAUCUUCAAAUCAACAAUAACAACAAUAACAAUAAUAAUAAUAAUAAUAACUCUACUACAAACGAAAACAAAUCAGAACCAUCAACACCUGUAAUUACAUCACAAAACAAUCAUUGGUCACCAAACUUGACAUUUAAAGAUAAAGAUUCCACCGUCUACUACUUUUCCAAACAUGAAUCAACAAGUGAACCAGACUAUCCAGAACCAAUCAUACCAAAACAAUUCCAUCCAUCCAAUACAUUCCUUGACCUACAUCCAGUGGAGGUUGCCAGACAACUUACACUCAUUGAAUUUAAUUUAUUUUGUCAGAUUACACCUUCAGAGCUAUCACAUCAAGCUUGGAACAAGAAAGAUUCAGAGAUAAAUGCACCAAAUGAAAUUUUACUAUCAACCAAUUUAAAACAAAGAGCAACAGUAUUGAAAAGAUUUAUUACAAUGGCUGGUAUAUUAAGAAAAAUGAACAAUUGGAAUUCUUUGAUGGGUGUAAUGUUAGGUUUGAAUCUUGGAAGUAUUCAGAGAUUAAAGAAGACAUGGGAAUGUUUACCAAAGAAUAUGUUGGAUAUCUUUGAAACACUGACGCGUGAAACCAGCGCCUCUCAAAACUAUGCAUACUAUAGAAAGACAAUGAACACACAUUCCUACCCAUGUUUACCAUAUUUCGCUGUUUAUCUUAGAGACUUGACUUUUAUAGAGGAUGCCAAUUUAGAUAUCUUGGAUAAUGGUCAUGUUAAUUUUGCUAAAAUGAAAAUGAUUUCUAAAGUUUUAUCUGAUGUUCAAAGAUAUCAGUCUGUACCAUAUCAUCUAAAAAAGGUUGAAAAUAUUGAAAAACUCUUGAAAUCCAGUUUAGUUUUAAAAGAUAAAGAUAUUACAAUCAGACAAUGA